AUAAACAUUAACUUCCUAGUAGACCAACAUAUUGUAAAAUGGAAGACAAAAAUACUCGGAUGAAGUGACUGUAAGCUAAAUCAAAAGGUCAUGGCAUCCAGUAAGCCUAUACCAUGUGGACCUUGUCAAGAAGGAAAAGUAAACACUAAAGCUGACAUCUGGUGUUACAACUGUGAAGAAGGAUUAUGUUCAAUAUGUUCUGGUCAUCAUAAAAGAUUCAAAGCAAUACGUGAUCAUAAAACUAUUGAUAUCAAAAGUUAUAAACCCUCAAUCAAAGCUAUCAAAACCAAAUGUGACAAACAUGGUCAACAGCUAAACUUGUACUGUCCCAGUCAUUUGAUGCCUUGUUGUGAUGAAUGUAUUUCCACUAGUCAUUCUAAAUGUACUGGAAUAAAAAGUUUAGCAGGUGUAGUGGAUAAAACAGAGAUUGACAAAUCUAAAGAAUCUGUAGAGAAAGAUAUCAACUCCAUCUUACAUCUCUUGAAUAAAAUGGUAAAUAAUAAAUCAACAAACAUCAAAACUGGAGAACAACAAUGUGAAGACAUAAAGGAAUCAAUUGUUAAAAUACGGAAUCAAAUAAAUAAAUAUUUGGACUGCUUGGAGGAGAAAUUAUACAAAGAAACAGACAACCUCUGGGAUAAGGAGAUAUCAACAGCUAGAGAUUUCAUUUCUGAAGUUGAAGGGAAGAAGAAAAAUUUGAAGGAAAUGAAAGAACAUUUGCAUGCAGUCACAACACAUGAUUCAAAACUCCUAUUAUUUCUAAGAGUACAUCAGAUGGAACAACAAGUACAUCAAUGUCAAAAAUAUGUUGAUGAUCUGGAUUACGAUGACAGGGCUAAAGAAUUUGAAAUCAAAAUGAAGCAAAAUGAUGAAUUAGAAAACAUACUAAAGAAGUUAGGAUCACUAGAAUUCCUGGGAGAAGUAACAGUUGUUAAAACAGAAACAGGCUUUAACAGAGAAACGAGUGUGAAGGGGAAGGCACAAGUAGAAUCACGUGAACAAUCCAAUAUAAACAACAUGAUAAUGAAUAUUGAGACAAAGAUAAAGAUCAACAUAAAGAAGGAUAUAAGUGACAUGAUUUGUCUGAUGGAUGGAAGAGUUAUAGUAGUGGACCAGUGGGGUAAACUUAACCUACUUACUUCUGAUGGCAAACUACAGAAACAGUUACCUAUACCUGAUGGAGCCUACUGUGUUACACAGAUCAAUCAGGACACUAUAGCCAUAACUUAUCCUGAGGAGAAAGCCAUUAAGAUAUUCAAUAUGGAGAAUGAAACAGUUACCAAAGUUAUCACAUUAGACAAAGGAUGCUAUGGUUUAUCAUUCUCCAAUAAUUCUCUUGCUGUAGGUUUGAAUGAGAAUAAUGAUGAUGGAGAAAUCUGUAUUGUAGACUUUGAAGGAAAUACACUGAAGUCAAUACAAGUUGAGAGUGAAUCAUACCUGUUUAACCUUGUUUACUGUAAUGACAGAGUAAUCUAUAGUGACUAUGGUGGUGAAGCAGUAUACUGUUAUGAUGGAUCAGGUAAACAGAUCUGGCAAUAUACACAGGAUUUAUCAGGACCAUUUGGACUAUGUACAGAUACUUAUGGUAACAUCAUUGUAGCAGACUAUGUCUUAAGUAAAAUAUUAGUAAUAUCAAAAGACGGACAGAAUAGUAAAGAACUGAUCUGUAAAAAGGGUAGGCUGGAUGAUCCUAAGUUUGUUUGUUUUAAAUUUAAUGAGUCAUCAGGUUUUAUUUGUGAUGGCAUGUAUUUGACAAAAUUCAAUUUAUCUUAUAAAUAGAAUAUGAAGAACACAUA